AUGGCAGCAAGAACCCCCCUCCGUCCAGGAGUCUACUGUCCUACAGUCACCUUCUUCCACCCUGAGACUGAAGAACUCGACAUCCCCGCCAUCCGCAAACAUGCCGUCCGUCUCGCCAAAGCCGGUCUCGUGGGUUUAGUCACCAUGGGCUCCAAUGGUGAGGCUGUGCAUUUGACUCGUGAAGAGCGCAAGACAGUUACUCGCGAAACUCGCUCUGCUCUCGAUGAAGCUGGAUACAAGAAUAUUCCCAUUAUUGCCGGUGCAAGUGAGCAGAGCGUUCGUGGCACGGUCGAAUUGGUUAAAGAAUGUGCUGAGGCUGGUGCUGAAUAUGUGCUUAUUGUACCACCCAGCUAUUACCGCUAUGCCGUUGGUAACGAUGAGUCGAUAUACGAGUUUUUCACCGCCGUUGCUGACCAGUCACCCUUGCCGGUGAUUCUGUAUAACUACCCCGGCGCCGUGGCGGGUAUUGAUAUGGAUUCUGAUCUCAUCAUUCGUAUAUCUCAACACCCCAACAUCGUUGGAACCAAGUUCACCUGCGCAAACACCGGAAAAUUGACCCGGGUUGCUCGCGCCCUCGAUGCCAUCACCCCCAAAUCUCCUUUCCCUACUAAGCCUGUUGGACCGAUCACAAAAACUGCCGCCAAUCAUCCAUACGUCGCAUUCGGUGGUAUCGCCGAUUUCACGCUGCAAACACUCAUCUCUGGUGGUUCCGCUAUUAUCGUCGGUGGCGCAAAUGUGAUUCCCCGUACUUGUGUUCAGGUCUUUAACCUGUGGAGUGAAGGAAAGAUUGCGGAAGCAUAUGAGCUCCAGAAGAUCCUCAGUGCUGGCGAUUGGGUUCUGACCAAAGCGGCGAUUCCGGGUACAAAGCAGGCCAUCCAGUUGUUUUAUGGAUAUGGUGGCUAUCCUCGCCGUCCGUUGGGCAGGUUGAACGAGGCUAGUAUUAAAGGUCUUGAGAGCAAGCUACAGGAAGUCAUGGAGGUGGAGAAUGGCCUCCCGGAUUUCGCAUAA